CGGCGAUGUAAUAUGGUGCGGUCGAGUCUUUUCUCACAACAGGUUUUUCUGCCUUUAUUUUUCAGAAUUCGGGCACGCGCGCGCCGAGCGGAGAGGGGCAGCCAUGGCGAGCUACGUGUCAGGAUUAAUAGAAGGCUACCAUGACCUCAUGGACAACAAGAGCGACCAGCGCGUCAAGGACUGGUUCCUCAUGUCGUCGCCGUUCCCCACCAUGGCCAUCUGCCUCACCUACGUGUUCUGCGUCAAGGUGCUAGGGCCCAGGAUCAUGGCCAACAGGAAGCCCUUCGACCUGCGCAACGUCCUGAUCGGCUACAACGCCUUCCAGGUCGUCUUCUCGUCGUGGCUCUUCUACCAGGCCUGCGUGGGCGGCUGGCUAAACGGCUACAACCUGCAAUGUGAACCCGUAGACUACUCGCGCUCCCCCGAGGCCAUGUACGUGGCGUCCGGAUGCUGGUGGUACUUCAUCUCCAAGUUCACCGAAUUCUUCGACACGAUCUUCUUCGUGCUGCGCAAGAAGGACAAGCACAUCUCCAAGCUGCACGUCAUCCACCACGGCAUCAUGCCCAUGAGCGUGUGGUUCGGCGUCAAGUUCACCCCCGGCGGCCACAGCACCUUCUUCGGCUUCCUCAACACGUUCGUCCACAUCGUAAUGUACUCGUACUACAUGCUGGCCGCCCUCGGCCCCCAGGUGCAGAAGUACCUCUGGUGGAAGAAGUACAUCACCGUCCUGCAGAUGAUCCAGUUCGUGCUCGUGUUCGUCCACGCCUUCCAGCUCUUCUUCAUCGACUGCGACUACCCCAAGGCAUUCUGCGGCUGGAUCGGCAUGCACGCCGUCAUGUUCUACUUCCUCUUCUCCGACUACUACAAGCAGGAGUACAACAAGAAGGAGGCCCGUCGGAAGGCUGCCGAGGAGAAGAGGAUAACCGAUGCGGCCGCCGACAAGGCUGCUGCCGCUGCUGCUGUCGCGGCGGCCGCGGCGGCUGUGACGACGGCCAAGCUGACCGACGGCACGACGGCUAACGGGCUGUACGAGGACCCCGGCAAGCUGAUGCAGGCCUCCUACGUGGACCCCAACGCCCCCGGCAACGCCCUCCGGCAGCGAGCGUUCGUCACGUCGACCUGAAAAACGGACGCCCUGGGGGAAAAGUGCCAAAAAAGUUGUUGUUUUUGUGAAGAUGAAGAAGAA